AAGAACAGGUAUCGCACCGACCGUUCGAGAAAAGAGCCCUCGGAAACCGAUCAAAAUCUAACAAAAACAAGAAUAAAGGAGGACGCUUCUCACACCCGCCCAAAGAAAAAAUCAAAGGGUAACGUACCAGCACCAGGCACUACGCACCAGGGCAUGGAAGUAACGAAGCAAACAGGACAAAGAGGCGGCAGAUGGGCAGACAGCCAGAUGUGCAAAAAACACAGGCAACAGCAAAGCGAGAUCACGGUACCCAACACAGCAGAGUAGGCAGGGAGGGAGGUCAUGAAAAAGAAAAACACAGAAACACAGCACAGAGGCCGAAGGCAAUACAAAGGACAUGGAAAAGGAGUAUAGCAUACAGCAGGGAGGGAAACAGGGCGCAACAGCAUCAGCCGGGUACAUAUGUCGCCACAAGUGCUGCCUCGGCCGCCCUACUCGCUUCUACAGCAGUGCCCGGUCGCCGUUUCUUCCCCCCCAACGCCGCUUCCCCGGCUCUCUUUCUCUUUGGUCCUGAGAUGGCCGCACUCUCUGCUUCUGCUUCCCGCGCGCGCUGGCGCUUCGCGGACGCUUCCGCCUCCUGCCUGUGCCAUUUCCUCAUGAACCAUGCCGCCCCGUCCUCGACCUUCUUGUACCACACCGCCGGGUCCUUGGCGCUCUCUUUCCGUUCACCCCCUUCCUUUUCGUCUCCCAUGUUGAAGGCCACGAGGUCCUCUCCUAGACGAGACACCCAGUCGCUCUCCUGCCCGCCCCGGUAUCCCAUGCCCCCCGCCAUCGCUCCUUGCAGCAUGCGCUUGGGGAGGCGGCUGUCCUCCAUGCGCAUAAUAAAGCCCACGAGACACAGUCUCCGUUUGCGCACGGUGGCCUCGAUGGUUUCCUCGCAGCCUGCCUGGAUGAGGGCCUGGGCAUAG